AGACAGACUUAUAAAGAGCCUUAUAAAAGAGCACCUUCCACUCGUUCAGAGAGACAACUCCUGCUGUGCUGUUAUAUUUGUGGUGCUGCUGCUGAAGACUUAGGAUCCACAGGAACUAUGAGUGCAUCCAAACCCCAGCGAAGCGGUGAGGUGAGAAUCAAACACUCUCUAAAUAAGAAGGAGGAAGAGUUUGUAGCCAGAAGGAGAAACACUGUUCUACAAUGCCUGCAGAAGUUUAAUAUACACUGCAGUCAGGAUAAAGUGCCAAACAUUGCAUUACUGGGUUCUGGAGGAGGACAAAGAGCCAUGGUGGGUUUGCUGGGAUCCCUGGUUGAGCUUGAUAAAGCGGGUCUUCUGGACUGCAUCCUUUAUCUGAGCGGAGUCUCUGGAUCCACCUGGUGCAUGGCCUCCUUAUACAAAGAACCAGACUGGUCCACCAAACUAGAGACCGUGAAAGACAAAAUCAUCAAAAGACUCAGUGGAGAAGGAGUCAACUGGACAGAUAUAUUGGCCAAACUGAAGAAAUAUUACUAUGGAAAAGAUUUCUUCAGCUUGACUGAUGUCUGGGCAGUGGCGUUUGUCACAUCAUUUGUGAAAGAGGUCUGUAAAUAUAUUCAAAACAUACUGUAACCCACCAUAGCUUGU